AUGGACAAUCAACCACCAAAUCAAAGACCUGAAAGAUCUGGGCGGUACCAUCCUUAUUCUCGAAGGACUCAGAAUACGAAUCAGAAUCAGAGGAGUGAUGGACAGCCUGGGCCUUCGAACUCCCAAAAUCCAUCGAAUGAAGGCCCUCCCACGUUAAGACCACCACCUCAAGCUGGCCGUCGAUACCUAGGACGACCUCCCUCACCUCCAAUUGAAAAUCAUGGGUUUACCCGUGAAUAUCGGCAAGGGGAGUCGGGGUAUAGGGUUAUACCGCACAAUCAGAAUGUGGUGAGGACUUCAACUCGAGGUGCUCUUCGGCGGCUAAUGACACAGAUUGAGAAUGGUUUUGGGACGCCGGUAUAUAGGCCGACGACUAGAGAAGAUGAUAUGUUGGCUAGCAGAGAGUUUGAGCCACGGCCUAGAGAGUAUAGAUCGAGUAUGAAUGUGCCUGCUAGUCGAGGCUUUGAGACAGGACCACCUACCAGAGAGUAUGAGUGGACUGCAAACACUCAUGCUAGUCGAGGCUUUGAGAGAGGACCACCUGCAAAAGCACAUGGGGUUAGAAGCACAUCACCUCGUACAGAAAAAGCAUACUCUCGAGCAGAACGUGAAGCGCUCUUACGAGCCUCAACAUCCGUCGUCCCACAGACAGAGUCUCAAAGGCAACAAGCGAGGAACGAGCGCUACAGAGCCAUGCGGGAGAGUACACUUCGGCAAGUAACCACACCUGCUGUCUCCACAAUCCCGCAACAUGAUCCAAGGGUCAUUGAAGGCGACGACGACCCGAGACUAGCAUAUGACGAUCACCCACGACGAGUCGGAGAGGGAACAAUGCACUGGCAAGCCCGCUGUCUCAAAGCCCGCCAACUUCUCGGGAUUAAGACAAAGCCCUUGCUACCUCGAGCCGAAGACGUGGUGACUCGGAACAAAGAACGUCCCGCGGAUGCACGCAGAGCUUAUGUGAAUAUGAGCGAGAACAACCAUGCGAAUCUCAUAAACGAAUUAGGCAAUCUCUACGACAAAGAGUAUACCACCGCCUGGCGAGCUGCGAAAAAGGCGCGACAAGAAGCAAACAGGGAAAUUGAACGUCAGUUGCUCGAGCGAACCAGAGCCUGGCAAGCGAGAAACGGCUUUGAUCGAGAGCCUACUCCGGAUCCGGCUGAGGAUAGUGACGAUGGACUUUAUCACUAUGAGUUUGAGCAGACGGCGAGAGAUGCCGGUCGGGUCAGAUGCCUCACUUGCAACCGGUUCAAGAAAACUUGCUCGUUAGAGGAGAACCCGCGCAAAGCGUGCAACUUUUGCAGGGAGGGAGGUCAUAAAUGCUUCCGUAUGAUGUCUGGUGUCAGGUAUCGCGGUGCGCCGUAUGCGGCUGGUGAGCCGAUGGCGGAUAGAGGCGAAGAUCCUGGACGCAUUCGACCGAUGGGAAAGUAUAUGUGGAAGGAGAAGACCUUGAAGAAAAAUGGAGUAGAGGUCGUUGCGCCGGAAAGAAGGGACGACGACGAUGAGGAUGAGGAGACGAUGUGGUCGAAACCGAGCCAGAAGAAGAAAGAGCCCAAAGAACGAGCAAAGACCAGAGGCCCUUAUGAUACCCCCAGGGCUCGGGAGAGGGCUGCUGCGAUGGGAAGUUCUAGCCCAGUUCCUCCGCCUAGGCAGUUCAGAGAUCGGAAAACAAGACAAUCGACGGUCGAUGAAGAGUCUGAAGACGACGAGUAUCGACAGUAUAGAGAUAGACGCGAGCCUGCUUCGACAAGAAGAGGAAGGCGCAGCAGAUCCCCAGAGACGAAUCGGUAUGGUCUUCGGACGACUGCUGAAGACUUUGGAAAUCGACUCCAAUACCAAGAAGACGAAGGUAAUGAUGCCGACUGCGUGGAAGAGAGACAUCGGGCGAGAUCUCCUAGUCCUCGUAGGAUUGCCACUCCACCGCCUCCUCCGAUACCCGUUGAGUUUCCGGACUUCGAUAUCAAUGAGUUCAUUGAUCCUAAUCUCGCAAACUUCCAGCAAGACCAAGGUUAUCCAUCUUCCCAACUGCAAGCAGAUGAAGAGCUGGCAGCCCAAGCGUUAGCACAACUUUCCGAGCAGUCACAAACACCUUUAGUUUUCGAACCACCGCGCGAGCCGGAUGAGCAGGUCUCUUCCUACGCACCAGCACGAACUCUUCAACCAGGGACAGAGCAAGAUCAACCAUACACCUUUCUAACAGCUCUAAACCAACUGCAAGCCCAAUCCGCACCACCAGGAAACGGCUGGAACGGUCAAUACGAACUCCCUCAGCGUCCAGAGCAAGAAGCCAUCAACGCAGCGUCUGUCUACGGCCUCAACGACAACUCUGCCCCUGAGUCAACCUCCCGGGUAUCUAACCCCAUCAGCUCCCUCCACCCACUGAACGCAGAACACUUAACCGAGGACAUGCCCGUCCUCAACGCCGCAGGCGUUCCAACUAUCCCCACAAACCCUCAAAACAACGCCGACCCCCUCGCACAGCUGACAACCGCCAACUACCACGGCUUCAACCAGAUGCAGUUCCUCGUCGGCAACGAACGAUGGUCUCCAGAGGAGGUCCUGCCAAACUACAGACUUCUAGCCCCACCACAGCCAGGCGACAUAAAAGAAGCACCCAAUGACUCCUACAAGUGUGGCGAAGGCCUUCUUUUCUUCGACAAAGUGGAAGGGAAGGUCUCACAAGACGACGCAGAGCAACCGUGUAUGGGACUUCCAUCCAAGGACUGUGACACCUUCGCACAUACUACGCGCUUCAGCACCUGCGUCUACUGCAAGACAGGCGCCCAGGAUGGUGCCUCACUUGAGCAUUUCUUCACCUUCUCGCAGCGCAACCGUUCAUUCCUAUGCACCUCCUGCGCCGGUAGCUUAAGGGAAAAUUCGCAAUGGACGGAUACCUGCCUAUGCGUGAAUACGAUGCAGGAGGGCUGGAUAUGUAAUAAGCAUAUGCAGAAUGGAUGGAAGCAUCUAAAUAGCGUGCUAGGAAGAAUGAUGGCUUGGAGGGCGAGAGGCGGAAAGGAGAUGUGCUUAUGGUGUAAUAAGCAGGAGGAAGGUUUGGAGAGUGGGUUGUACGUCUGCAAGUGUUGCCAUACGCUUGUGAGGGAUGAUGCUGGGGAGGGUAGAGCGCAAUUGGAAAGGAUGGGGAUGCUGGGGUUUGGCAAUUGA